AUGGCGGCCACCCGCAGCAGUGAGUUUGGUGACUUGGUGCAGAUUAAAAAGCAGCUUAUUUCUAUCAUAGCGCAGUGUAAGGAAAGAGGACUCGUCCACAGUGUGAAAUGGGCGUCUGAACUGGCAUUUUCUCUGGAUACCCUUCCUUUGAAUGAGAUCCCCCCACCAACUGAUCUAACUGAGGAGGAUGCCAAAGAUUUGGAUGCUCUUUGUCUGGCAAAAUCAUAUUUCGACCUCAAGGAAUAUGAUCGAGCUGCAUAUUUUCUCCGUGGCUGCCAGAGUCCGAAAGCAUAUUUUCUGUAUAUGUAUUCACGGUACCUGUCAGGGGAAAAGAAAAAAGACGAUGAGACAGUCGACAGCCUUGGUCCAUUAGAAAAGGGUCAGGUCAGAAAUGAAGCCCUGCGAGAACUGCGAGUCGAGUUGAGCAAAAAGCACAGUGCAGGCCAGCUGGAUGGAUUUGCACUUUAUCUUUACGGGGUUGUUCUUCGAAAAUUGGAUUUGCUGAAAGAGGCAGUGGGAAUUUUCGUAGCUGCAACACAUGCUCUCCCUCUGCAUUGGGGAUCAUGGCUGGAGCUGUGCAAUCUCAUCACUAACAUUGAAAUGCUGAAGUCCCUGUCUCUGCCUGACUGCUGGGUGAGGGAUUUCUUCAUGGCUCACAUGUACACUGAACUCCAGAUGAUCAAAGAGGCUCUGCAGAAAUAUCAGUCUCUGAUGGAAGCAGGGUUUGCCAAGAGCACAUAUAUAAUUUCCCAGAUCGCCGUGGCCUACCAUAACAUACGAGAUAUUGAUCAAGCCUUAUAUUUGUUUAAUGAGCUCCGGGAACAGGAUCCUUUCCGCAUUGAAAACAUGGAUACCUUCUCAAACCUGCUCUAUGUCCGGAGCAUGAAACCAGAGCUCAGCUUCCUGGCCCACAAUCUAGUGGAGAUAGACAAGUACAGAGUAGAGACAUGCUGUGUUAUAGGUAACUACUACAGUCUGCGGUCUCAGCAUGAGAAAGCUGCCCUGUAUUUUCAACGGGCUCUGAAGCUGAACCCCCGCUGUCUGGGGGCCUGGACACUUAUGGGUCACGAGUACAUGGAGAUGAAAAACACAUCUGCUGCCAUUCAGGCCUACAGGCAUGCUAUUGAAGUGAACAAAAGGGACUACCGUGCCUGGUAUGGACUUGGACAGACCUACGAGAUCCUCAAAAUGCCUUUCUACUCGCUUUACUACUAUAGAAAGGCCCAUCAACUCAGGCCGAAUGACUCCCGUAUGCUUGUGGCACUUGGUGAAUGUUAUGAGAAACUGUCACAGCAAGUUGAAGCCAAAAAGUGUUACUGGAGAGCAUAUUCUGUUGGGGAUGUGGAAAGAAUGGCGCUUCUGAAGCUGGCAAAGCUUCAUGAGCAACUGAAUGAAUCUGAUGAUGCGGCACAGUGCUACAUAAUCUACAUCCAAGAUAUUUUCUCAUGUGGAGAGCAGUUGGAGCAUGCUGAAGUAAGCACAGCUCUGCGAUAUCUUGGCCAGUAUUACUUCAAGAACAAACUCUACGAUGAGGCUUCUCUCUGCGCUCAGCGUUGCUGCGACUAUAAUGACGCCCGUGAGGAAGGCAAAGCUUUGCUAAGACAGAUCUCUGCUGUGCGAGAACAAGGAGAGCCUUCAUCUACAGAGCUGUCUUUACCCUCCGUCUUUAACCCGCUGUCAAACAACACAACUCCAGUUAGAAGAGUGUCCCCACUAGAUCUGUCUUCUGUUACACCAUAAUGCCUUAUUUCUGGUUGGACAACUUCACCGAUCCUGUGGGAUUCAACAUACUGACUGAAGAUUUAGAACUUAAUGCAGAUGUUGGAGAGAAAAAAAAAUAAUGUCUUCACCUCCAGAUAUGACUGUACAUAACUGCUUGUAUAGACAAGUGUCCUUUACACCAAAUUUGUUGUAAUCGCUGAAUGGUAUUCUUUGUUCCUAAAUAAGCACAACAUAAAAUCAGUUUAUGUAUAUUGACUGUUUUAUUGCAAAGCUCACAAAUCUAGUUCGGAUCCUAAAAAAAAUUGGAAACAUGCAGACAUUCAAAAGUGAAAAACACAUUUUUGGCCAUGCAGAAGAGCAGUCAAUGCAAGCAUGUAGUGUUUUUAAUCUAUGCAUUUGGCCACUUGAACGGAGCAUGUUUAUUUGGUGAUGGGCAAAGUAACACUGCAUUCUUAGAGGAUUAUUCUCCAGAAAAACACUUCCACACAACAAAAAUAAAGCAGCAACCAUGAACAAAA